AAGGACCAUGGACAAGACUUUCUGGUGGGCAACCAGUUUAGCAGGGCAGACGUGCGAUUACUUGAAACCCUUUUAAUGGCGGAAGAGUGCAAGCCUGAUAUACUUGCCAAAUUUCCUCUCUUGCAGAGUUUUAAAGCAAGAAUAAGCAAUGUCCCCACCAUCAAGAAAUUUCUGCAGCCGGGCAGCCAGAGAAAACCACCACUACAGGAAAAAGAUCUCCCAAAAGUGAUGAAAAUUUUCAAUAUUGGCCAGUGAGCAGCAAUCUAAAAUCACAACCACCCUAUUGCAUUUUCUCUGUGUUUCCUGAGAGUGGCAAAGUGAAAUUAAUGAAAAUAGUUAGGAGGUUUUUUUGAUCUCUCCUUCUCUAGCUAAGGAUUGGGUUUGGCCUACUGUAAACACUUCCGAAGUAAAUCUGCUGGAGCACACCAGCACAUGAAAUGGUUAAAUGAAUUAUGGGCCGCACUGGACAAAGCAGGGAUGUCUUAAAUUAUUGAUUUUAAGAGAUUACCUGAAAUAAAGUCUCACUAUUGACAUUUGAAAACA